AUGUAUUUGGGUGCGCAUACGAUAAGAUCCCAUGGAGUCACUGUGGCGAGGUUCCACAUGCAUGACUGGCUUAUUCUUCUGCUGCUUAUCGUCAUCGAAAUUGUUCUGAAUGUCAUCGAACCCUUUCACCGUUUUGUUGGAGAGGAUAUGCUCACUGACCUCACAUACCCUCUGCAAGACAAUACCGUUCCUUUCUGGGCUGUCCCGUUGAUAGCAGUUGUGCUCCCCUUUGCCGUCAUUUCUGUUUACUACUUUAUCAGAAGAGAUGUGUAUGACCUUCACCAUGCAAUAUUAGGUCUUUUGUUCUCUGUACUCAUAACCGGUGUCAUAACCGACGCUAUAAAGGACGCUGUAGGUAGACCUCGUCCUGACUUCUUCUGGCGUUGUUUCCCUGAUGGUAGAGGGGUAAGCAGCUUCAUCUUCUUCCUUACUCUUAUAACAACACUGUGGAUAAUCUCUAACCAGCUGAUUGAAGCUGUGAUUAGUUCUUUCACAAUGUCACGAGGAAUGUUCUGUGUACUGGAGAUAAGAGCGUGGUCAAAGAGGGACACAAGAGCUUCCCCAGCGGGCACACUUCUUAUCCUAAGACUUGGUUAUGUAAAACCUGCAGGGUCGUUCGCUGGUCUAGGCUUUCUAGCGUUGUACUUGUCUGGAAAAGUCAGGGUGUUUGACCGGAGAGGGCAUGUUGCGAAGCUCUGCAUUGUGAUCUUACCUCUACUGGUUGCAGCAUUGGUCGGUGUAUCCCGAGUUGAUGACUAUUGGCAUCACUGGCAAGAUGUGUUUGGAGGAGCUAUCAUAGGAUUAACGGUGUCCUCCUUUUGCUAUCUGCAAUUUUUCCCUCCUCCGUAUGAUCCAGACGGUUGGGGCCCUCAUGCAUACUUCCAGAUGCUUGCAGAUUCGAGAAACGAUGUCCAAAAUUCAGCAGGGAUGAAUCAUCUAAGCGUGAGGCAAGCGGAGCUGGAGAACGUGUACGUUGACCAACAAGAGACUUCCAUGGAAAUAUCAAGAAGCAACACGAGGGACACCACACGAAUGCUAGAGAGCCGUUAA